AUGUCUUUCUUUCGACGCUCUGUCAAUGAAAAAGCAGAUGAUUCUGCAACGUCGUCAAGCAACGAUGUUUUCUCAUCGCAUGAGAUAGUGUCAACUACAGGCGACCUCAAGUUUGUCGUCGAGCAGGGUGGCAACGGUUCGCAACCAUCCUAUCAAGAAGUGUCUGGUGCGCCCGUCGAGGCCAAAUCUUCUUUUGGAUAUGCUGUUGGACCGGUGACCAUUGUCUUGAUCAAUAUUAGCAAGAUGAUCGGAACCGGCGUCUACUCAACUCGUAUGUGA